AUGCCUGGUCGAUAUUAUUCGAAAUUCAUCCCUCCCAGUCUUUCUAUGAGCGAACUCGUUUGCCAGAAGCUUGACAACGAUGCGACGGACUUGCUGAUUGACAAAUGGCUCGAGCGACCCCACCGUCCUGAUGCGUACUACGACUGGUUUCAACGUGUGCGCGAACGGCGUCAUCAUGCCACCACAAAUGCGCGCAAUCAACAAAGACUGCUCUGGAAUAAAGGUGUCUUUGUUCCCGAGAACAUUUUCAUUCGCACCGUCGACACAGGGCGUCUCAUUCCCCUGGAUCGUACGUGGGUUACCCAUGUAUAUCAUCACAAAUCUAUGUCGCGGUUAAAUAUGAUGCCUGUCAUUUUCAGCAUGCUCCCGGAACUUAUGCUCUUGCGAGGAAUGCACGAUCGGGGUUGCGACGACAUAUAUGUUAUAGUCACCGAUUUGAAACGCCAAGAGAUGGACCAGGUGACGGAGUACUUCCAAUAUACUGCCACUAUGUCUCUUCGCUAUCUCACGGCUAAACUUGCUCAGCAAAUUGAUGAAGAACUCAUGAGCGCAGCUGGAGCAUUCAGCCUCGACCAGCUGAUGGAAUUGGCUGGCCUGGCCUGUGCACAGACUCUGGCGAAAGUGUAUCACAAGGAUAAAUAUCCGCGCGUUCUUGUUUGUUGUGGUCCGGGUAAUCAAGGAGGAGAUGGAUUAGUUGCUGCAAGGCAUCUUGGCAUGUUCGGAUAUCAGCCCACAAUCUGGAUGCCCAAGAGGCUUAAGACGCAGUGCGACAAUAUGAAAAUUCAAACGCUCGCCCCGUCAGACGACACGCAUUCCUUAAGCGAUGCGCUCGCUCGCUCCGAUGUCAUUUUGGAUGCUAUAUUCGGCUUCUCCUUCAAACCACCUGUUCGAGCACCCUUUGAAACCGCGCUUCCCCUCAUCAGUUCCUCCGGGUUGCCAAUUAUCUCGGUAGAUAUUCCCUCCGGAUGGGACGUGGAGCAUGGGAACGCAGAAGGCGUAGGCUUGAAUCCUGACGUUCUCAUUAGCUUGACAGCACCCAAGGAGGGUGUCAGACAGUUCACAGGGAGACACUUCUUAGGCGGAAGAUUUGUUCCUAAGUCUAUGGAGGAGAAAUUUGCCCUUAAUUUACCAGAUUACCCAGGUUUUGACCAGAUCGUUGAACUGCCCCAGACGAAGGGCACUAAUGGCGCUCAGAGGCUGUAA